AUGUCUCUCUCCCGCCCGAUCAUCACCUUCGACCAAACCGACAAACCAUACUACCCGGGUGACAACGUCACCGGAGUCAUCACUAUCAACAAUGAGAAGCCUCUCGAAGCGCGCUCCAUCGUCGUUUCCUGGAGAGGAAAGAGCAAAGUUUCCGGUGUCAACUUGUUCGAGCUCCCAUGUGUCAAGUACAUGUUUAACAAGACGCAGGUGACAUGGGUCGCCAAGGAAGGACAGAAUAAAAUCCCAGCUGGCAAUCACAAAAUCAAGUUCUCUAUCAAUUUGCCGAAGGAUUGUUUGCCAACUUUCCACGGACUCCUUGGAAAGGUCGACUAUAAGGUCAAAGUCAUGAUUGAUCGCCCACGCAAGUUCGACUUGAAGGCAGAGGGAGAGUUCCAGGUGACCCGGAAGUUGGAGUUGCCGAUGAGAAUGGGCAUCAACGAUUGGUUCUUCAAGACGGAUCUUCGUUCAGGACUAAUCUUCUCGAACGGGCCAGUGACUAUGAAGGUCACUCUCAACAGCCUCGUUUUCCUCCCUGGACAAACCAUUGACCUAACAUUCCACGUCGCAAACAACAGCUCCGAAGAGAUCCGUCGUAUAUUCGCCAAGUUCUACAAACGAACUCACUAUCACGCUCGCGUUCAGCAAUCUCCAUGUAAGGAGUUCUACAACCACACCUGCCCACUCUCGUGCUUCCAACAGGCUAAUGUCAGGAAUAAGGUUAGAAACGCGGAGAAGAUGAAAAUCAGUUUGGGACCGUACUCGGAGCAGACCUACUCCAUGCCAUUCACGUUCCCCGACAAUGAAACUACUCCAAGUUUCCACUCAGGUCUCAUCACUCACGGCUACUUUAUGGAAUUCGGAUUCCGCUCGAAGAACUCGGUUGACAAGGCAAUGAUGUGCACUUUGUACAUGGGAGAGAUGGGUGACGAGAUGUUGCUCGGAGCAGAUAAGAUUAGUGAAGAAAAGAAGCCAGCCGUCGAUGCUCCACCUGCUUAUGAGGAGUGA